AUGGCCGAGGAGGAGGAACUGCCUAUUCCAGCGCCCCUCUUCAGUGUCACCGCCAAUGACAAAGAGAAGAUCCCCUUGCCGGAUGCCCAUGACCCGGUCACUGGGACGGGUCGAUGGCUCUACGAGGGCCGACUUGGUGAAGGAGGUCUUGCCACCGUUUUUCGAGCCUGGGAUUGCAAGGGCAACUUGGGCAAAGUCGCUGUGAAGGUGCUCAAGCGACACUCCAAGGCCCAUGCUCGUCAUGCUUUCGCCAUGCAUCGGGAAAGCCAAUGGUCCUUGGAACGUUUGCACAAUCCGGAGAAUCCCAGGUAUUCUGAGCAGCAUGCGAGCCUCUUUGCAAGGUACCUGGAAGAUCACACGGGCUUUGCAGAUCUGGGCAUCGAGGAUUUCGAAGAACGGCGGAAAUUCUACGAGUCGCCCGACUUCAACUGGUACAAGCAGCGUGUCGAGCUUCCAAACAAACCCUACGUGGUGAUGGAGCUAGUGAAAGGUGAGACGUUGCAGAAUGCAAUGCCCAGCAUGUCAGCUUCCGAAAAGCGGGAGGUGAUUCUUCAGUGCGCAACUGCCCUGGAGUACUUGGAACGCUUUGGGCUCAUCCACCGAGAUUUCAGGGGCUGCAACAUGCACCUCAUUGCUCGCGAGAAGGGCGAAGACCGGUGUCAGUUGAAGAUCCUGGACCUUGGUGUGAUGAUCUCGGCAGAGGCUGGCAUGGAGCAGAAUUGCAACAUGGCUGUGCAGGCCUUCCGUCGCCGCGGAGACACUGAAGAGAAGAGAAAGAGAUACGAUUGGCUUCCCUGGGAGGUGCGCAAUGCCUGCGAUGACCUUCAGGGGCCAGUGCACAACUUUGAUCCCCCAGGUCAUGCCUUUGAUGCCUUCUCCCUGGGGGUCUUGAUUCUUCAUCUCCUCUUGGGCAAAACCAAGGCCCGGCUGAUCUUAGAUAGCCUCAAAGAUCAUCCUGAGAAGAUGUUGGAUGCCAGCAGCAUCGGCGUACCAAAACAUUUGUUGGGAUGUUUGUUGGCAGAGGCGUCGAAACGCCCACGGCCACAUGAGGUUUUCUCCCAGACCACACCUCUGAGGCCGACUUCUGUCCCAGAGGUCUCCCCUAUCCAGGUGCCAACGGUGAUUGUGCCGAGUCGCAGCCCCUCUCGUGGCGUGAGUCAUACCACCACCAAAAUCGAGGGCAGUGAUGAUGAGGAUGUGGAGUUGAUCAUCGUAGAGCCCAAGGAGCCCAAGGAGCCCAAGGAGCUCAAGGAGCCCAAGGAGCCCAAGGAGCCCAAGGAACCCAAGGAGCCCAAGGAGCCGAGUCAAAAAGCGGCGCCGGCACAGGCAGAGCCAGAAGCAGCACGAGAAGCCGCAGCCAAGGCGGUGGAAUCACUCUACAAGCCACCACCAAGGCCACCGGUGACCGAAGGACCUCGGCCCAAAAGCCGAAGUCGCAGCCGGAGCCCGUGGAGCCAACGGAGGCAACGAAGCCAACGGCGAAGCAAACAGAAGAGUCCAAGUGGAAAGCGGCAUCGUAGCCGUCGUCGAAGUCGACGAAGUCGUCGAAGUCACCGAAGUCACCACAGCCGGCGAAGUCAUCGAAGUCGACGAAGUCAUCGAAGUCGACGAAGUCGUCGAAGUCGACGAAGUCAUCGAAGUCAUCGAAGUCGAAGCAGGCAAAAGAAGGAGAGCAGUGUGGAGAAGAAGCAACCCUUACGCCGAGAACAUGCGCAGGCCAAAUUGCCCCGAUUGUCUCAACCACGGGAGGAGGCUGCCACAGUCUCUCCACCGAAGGAGACAACUGCUCCGAGGGAGGCGGAGAAGCCGCUUCCAGCGGCGCCAGAGCCGAAGGAGGUCACAAAUCCCAAGGCCAUUGGUUGA